CCGAUUCUUCUAUUCAUGCUGGUUGUUUUCAAAGCCAAAGAACCAUUGACUUAUACCACUAAACUUUAAUAGGGCGUGUGACAUCAAAGUAGUAAUAUUUCCCAAUUUCAGAUAAGCUUUGACAUUUUUUGCUGGCCUCCAAUUUGCGUCUCCAUCCAUGGGCUCUAGAAGGUGGUUUCAUCCUAAUGUAUCAGGAAUUGAUGCAGAGCUACUGCUCUUGAAAAGAAGAGUUGAUGGUAGUUUUUUAGCACGCCCCAGUAAGAGCAAUCCAGGAGAUUUUACCCUCUCUGUUAGGAGAAAUGGUGAGGUUACUCACAUAAAAAUUCAAAAUACCGGAGACUUCUAUGAUCUGUAUGGGGGUGAAAAAUUUGCAACUUUGUCUGAACUGGUGCAAUUUUAUAUGGAAAAUCCUGGACAGUUACGUGAGAAAAAUGGUGAAGCCAUAGAACUAAAGUUUCCUGUCCAUUGUUCUGACCCUACUACUGAACGUUUGUCUUUCAGGUGGUUCCAUGGACAUCUUUCUGGUAAAGAAGCAGAAAAAAUUCUUCUUGAAAAAGGAAAAAAUGGAAGUUUUUUGGUACGUGAAUCACAGAGUAAACCUGGAGAUUAUGUUUUAUCUGUAAGGACUGAAGACAAAGUAACACAUGUUAUGAUAAGAUAUCAGGAGCAAAAGUAUGAUGUUGGUGGUGGGGAAAAAUUUGAUUCUCUUUCUGAACUAAUUGAACACUAUAAAAAAAAUCCCAUGGUUGAAACUACUGGAACAGUGGUCCAUCUGAAACAACCAUACAAUGCAACAAGAAUUCAUGCCAGUGGAAUAGAAAGUCGAGUUAAAGAAUUGCAGAAGGAGCAUAGUGUGAGUACAGGAAAAGGAGGAUUUUGGGAAGAAUUUGAAAGCUUACAACAACAAGAAUGUAAACAUCUUUAUAGCCGUAAAGAGGGCCAAAAACCAGAAAAUCGGAAUAAAAAUCGAUAUAAAAAUAUUUUACCAUUUGAUCACACCCGUGUUCUUCUUAAAGAUGUGGAUGCGAGUAUAGCUGGUGCCGACUAUAUAAAUGCCAACCACAUACGGGUAAAUAGACGCCCAGAAGACGAUGGAAAUGGAGACCAGUUCCCACAAUACAUUGCUACCCAAGGCUGUCUGCCACACACAGUCAACGAUUUCUGGCAUAUGGUUUGGCAGGAAAAUAGUCGCGUAAUUGUUAUGACAACGAAAGAAAUCGAGAGAGGAAAGUCGAAAUGUGCACGUUACUGGCCAGAGGAAAAUCAAACAAAAGAGUAUGGUAAAAUUGUUUUAAAGUGUCUUGGCGAUUCGCUUUGUGCUGAUUAUACUCUUCGAGAGUUCUUAGCAACAAAGGAUAACGAAGAGAGGUUGAUACAUCAGUAUCAUUUUCAGGCAUGGCCUGAUCAUGGAGUGCCAGGAGAUCCUGGAUGCGUGUUAAGUUUUCUUCAGGAUGUGAAUACAAAGCAGAAGUCAGUUGCGAAUGCAGGUCCAGUAAUAGUGCAUUGUAGUGCGGGAAUUGGUCGGACUGGAACAUUCAUAGUAAUUGAUAUGAUCAUCGGCCAAAUAGAAAGACGAGGAUUGGAUUGUGAAAUUGACAUUCAGCGCAUGAUUCAAACUAUUCGUGCCCAACGAUCCGGUAUGGUGCAAACUGAAGCGCAGUACAAAUUUGUCUAUAUGGCAGUUCAGCACUAUAUAGAAACUUUAUCGCAACGCAUGCAAGCGCAGCAGAAAAGCCUACAAGCUGGCAGAGAGUAUACUAACAUUCGUUAUUCAACCGAAGGCGGUUUGACUCCUGCUGCUUGUACCCAAUCUCAAUCUUUGGAGUCACCAACGGGCAAGGGUUUGUCAAAAUCAACCCUUUCGCUCGCCAGUGUGUCCACUCCUUUGUUAAAUUCUUUUCCUGUCACAUUAUCUAAGUCGGAGAAACCUCCAAAGGAAACAAAAGGGGUGGCCAAUAGAACUGUAGCUGAACAUCCGAUACCGAUGCCUCCGAAAGAUUUCCCAAAAAUGCUUUACGAAAACGUCCCUCUGAACGAGCGAAAAGGAGCUGGAAACCAAGGACCGCCACUUUUCCCCCCACCACCUACCCCACCAAGAAAAAUGUAAACCGCAAAAAAAAGGCUUCUCAUCAGGGUGCAGACGUGAAUUGGUGUGGAAUUGACCAAAUUUGGGAUGUCGGGAGAAAACAGUUAUCCUGUAACCACGUUGGCGACCUGCAGUCGAAUAAGAUCUUCGUUGAUUCAACAGACAAUUUUGCUUCUUUUUUCCGACAUUCCUAUAUUAUGUUUGCAUUCCUUCGAUUUCUUGCUUUAUUUUUGCCUCUUUCGUUCGUGGCUUUAUUUCCAACAUUGGCAAAAUAUUCAUGCCUUUCGAUUCGCUUAAGUCACACCAUACUUAAUCGUUGAUGUAAAAUGACUGCUGUAUUUAUCGGUCUCACUAAAAUUCUCUUGCAAAACCCUACCUUUACAAUAUAAGCUAUAAAUCAGUUGAAACUGA